AAAGAUACCUUUACAGUUUGGCAGCAACAACCGGAACAUCAACAACAACAGCUUGGUGCCUACGGGCGAAAACGUAGUGGACAGCGCGGGUACCUGUGGAGAUGUUGAGGAGUUUGUAAAGAAAACAAGGACGCACUUUAGAUUAAACAGUUAAAAAGAUCAACAGAGGCAGUGUUUUCAUCAUGGCAGACCAAUCUGUUUUCUUGCUCGCAAUACUUUCAAUCCUAAUAACCACUUUUCUUGGAAGCUGCUUUGGCAAAGACGUUGCACCAGGCAUAUCCGAUCACCUAUACUGUGAAGGUUGCGUGGCAACAGUAACAGAAUUAGCCAAGAUGACAAGUAAGAAGUCUUCAGACCCUAGAGAUCUUAUCAUCACUGAAGCACUUGAGAAUAUAUGCAAACCUUAUAACUUUGUGAACUACGAUUUCUCACCCCCAAAGACAGUGAAAGCCUGCCAGCUACUUCUAGAGAGACACGAAGAAGAAAUAGAAACUGCACUUGCAAAGAAAUCAAAGGAUUUAGAAAAAGAAAUAUGCUUUGGUAUCAGCAAAGCAUGUGUGAAUGUAGACAGGUCAAAGAAACCUUCAAACCAUGGAGAUGUUGAUUUAACUAUGAAUGGAAAAGAUGGCAAAGUGGAGAAAGUUUUUGAUGUUGAUCCCAAAACUGGUAAAGCAACAAAAUCAAAAGAGGGUUCUGGUAAAGAACCAGAAACAUUGUCAAAAAAGGAUAGAAAAAGUAAAAAGGUGAAAAAAGAAGGAAAACUUAAAAAUGACAAAAAGAAUGAUGCAGAUGCUCUUGAUUACUUUCAGCUUGAUAUGAAUGAUCCAAACUCUGUGAAUAAAGUUAUGGCACAGAUUAAGCAGGCAACUCAGGAGCACACUAAUAAGUUUUAUAUGGAACAAGAGCUGAAAGAGAUGGAAAAAGAAGAAAAAGAAGAGCAACAGAGUAAAGAUGAAUUAUGAGACAAAGAAAUGAUUUUUUAGAUUGAAAGUAGUUUUUGCCCUUUCCGAAAAGUUAACAUUUUUCACCUAAAGCAAAUAGCUCUGUAUUACAGGUAUUGGGGAAAAUAUAUAAUUUUUUCAUCCAUGCUUUUUUGUUUAAAAAAAAGUCAGUUUCACUCGUCUCAAUAACAA